UCCGUCACCACCCACCACUUAUUCCUCCCUCUCUCAUCCUGAGUCACCUUUUCGGAUUUUUGUAGUUGAGCAUCAUGGGGACUCUAAAUGAUCAGGCAGUAUUACAGGCCAUCUUCAACCCCAACACCCCAUUUGGAGACAUUGUUGGGUUGGACCUGGGAGGUGAAGCUGAGAAAGAAGUAGAAGAUGGAGUUUUCCCUCAAGCACAGUUGGAGCAGUCCAAGGCCCUGGAGCUGCAGGGAGUGAUAGCAGCUGAGUCCGGUGACCUUAGCACAGCCCUGGAGAGGUUUGGCCAAGCCAUCAACCUGCUGCCUGAGAGGGCAUCAGCCUACAACAAUCGAGCCCAGGCCCGGCGACUCCAGGGAGAUGUGAGAGGAGCCCUGGAGGACCUGGAGCUUGCCUUGACGCUGAGCGGCGGGCAGGGUCGCGCCGCCCGCCAGAGCUUUGUGCAGCGGGGGCUACUAGCGCGGCUGCAGGACCGGAACGACGACGCCCGCAGGGACUUCGAGCAAGCCGCGCGGCUGGGCAGCCCCUUUGCGCGGCGCCAGCUAGUAUUGCUCAACCCAUAUGCAGCGCUGUGCAAUCGCAUGCUAGCCGACAUGAUGGGGCAGCUGCACGGUCCCAGCAACAGACGCUGAGCCGGCCAACGGACAAGGGAGGGGAGGGCCCUGCACCAAUAAAACUGCCGACUCACACGAA